ACUCUUUCUUCAGGGCCCUAAAAAAUCCCCAAACCAUUUUCCUAAAAGCUGCAAAAAAAAUCUGCUUUCUUUCCAUCUUUAUAUAUUUUCCAUUGGUUUAUAUUUACCCAAAAAUCAUCAUAAUUUUAAACUUUAUUUCAUUUAUAAUAUUUAUAUAUAUAUUAUGGCCUCAUCACCUCCAGACACUAGCAAAACCACCAAAAUAGAACGUUACAACACUUAUAUCCGCAAAGUUAAUUCUAGUACAAAAAUAUUACAAGCUUCUUCUAAGUUUUUAUUUCGUCUCACUCUUUUAGUAGCUCUUAUUUUGAUUUUCCUUUUCACUUUAAAUUAUCCACCACUUUCCGAAACGACAACAACCACACCCACAACAACAACAAACCAUCGGGUCCUCGCGACCUCCCACCUUCUCUCCUCUGCCUUUUACGGAAGUGGAGCGACGUGGGAAAAAAAGGUCCGAGGAUCCUCGACACCGCGUCGUCCCAACGGGUUUUCUGUCCUUGUCACAGGGGCAGGAGGCUUCGUUGGGACGCAUUGUUCUCUCGCGUUAAAAAAACGCGGAGACGGUGUACUGGGUCUUGAUAACUUUAACAGUUAUUACGACCCGUCUUUAAAAAGAGCUAGACAAGAUAUGUUGCAACGUAACGGGGUGUAUAUAGUUGAAGGUGAUUUAAAUGAUGCCGAAUUGUUGUCUAAACUUUUUGACAUUGUCCCUUUUACGCAUAUUCUUCAUUUAGCCGCACAGGCUGGUGUGCGUUACGCUAUGCAAAACCCCCAAUCUUACGUCAGCUCCAAUAUUGCGGGAUUUGUUAACUUGCUUGAAAUCGCGAAAAAUGCGGAUCCUCAACCGUCUAUAGUAUGGGCCUCAUCAAGUUCUGUUUAUGGGCUGAAUACAGAGAACCCAUUUUCAGAAUCCCAUAGAACAGAUCAGCCCGCAAGUCUAUAUGCCGCUACAAAAAAGGCUGGUGAAGAAAUCGCGCAUACUUAUAACCACAUUUACGGGCUGUCAAUAACCGGGCUUAGGUUUUUUACCGUUUACGGCCCGUGGGGUAGACCAGACAUGGCUUAUUUUUUCUUUACUAAAGACAUAUUGCAAGGUAAAACCAUCAACAUUUACCAGACACAUGACGAGAAAGAAGUUGCGCGUGAUUUCACGUACAUAGACGAUGUCGUAAAAGGGUGUCUGGGGUCGCUCGAUACCGCAGAAAAGAGUACCGGAAAGGGUGGUAAAAAAAGAGGGCCAGCACAAUUGAGAAUAUAUAAUUUAGGCAACACAUCGCCCGUGUCGGUUGGCAAAUUGGUGUCUAUUUUGGAAAGUUUAUUGAAUGUCAAGGCUAAGAAACAUGUGAUCAAGAUGCCACGAAACGGUGACGUUCCGUAUACUCACGCGAACGUGAGCUUGGCGUAUCGAGAUUUCGGGUAUAAGCCGAGUACUGAUUUGUCUACUGGGUUGAGAAAGUUUGUGAAAUGGUAUGUCAGUUAUUACGGGAUUAAACCCAAGGUCAAAAAAGGAAUUACUGACACCAAUUGAUCAUCUAUCUAUCUUUUGGGGGGUGUUUGAACAGUAUUUAAUUCAUUCGAUCUCAAACGUUUAAGUUUUCGACAUGAAGUUGUCUCUUUUGUCAAAGUUUGCCCGUAAGUUAUACCUUUUGUGUGAUCUGGAUGGUACGACUUCGAGGGAAGAGUUGACCUUGAGGUUGGAUUCGUUUACGGACUUGGAUUACGACUUUGAUGAACAUCGAUCGACUUCAAGUGCAACGAAAGAUGGAUUCGAUAAGUGUUUAUGUGUUAUAUAUUUAUAUACAUACCAUGUUAUAGUAAUCGAUAAGAAGUUUGGGGGGGAAAAUGUAGACCUCAAGAUUAUAGGGAUUGAAUUUGUAAUAAUGUGGUGUUAGUAAUUCUUACAUGUAAAUUUGAAGAUAAAUAGAUUUCGUGAAGAAACUGAAAUCCCAAAAAAAGAUUACGAUCUGUUUCUGCA